GUCGAGGAAUUAUGCUAGCUUUAAGUUAUGGCGAAUUCCUAGGGAACUAUUGCCUUGGGGGCAAACUGGCCUUCAUCAAGGUUUCCUUCACAAGUAUGCUUAAAUCGAAAGCCAGGCAGGUUUACGCGUUUAGAAUGACCUAACAAAUAUAACAACACUGCUGCUUAAAUCUUGUAGCCCAAAGCUUUAGUAGUGAGGAGACAUUCUCGCAACCUAAACAGUACACUUGUUUCAAGCAGACAAAGCUACCUGUAUCAAUAUUUCAAAGCCCCCGUAUCGUUUCAAUCUCUAAUCAUCGACGACCGGUCAAUAGCCACCUGUAAUUAUAUACUAAAAUGGAUUUCUCUAAUGAAAAAUCUUUUCGAAGGCCAUCGCACGUGACGCGAUUUUUUGCGAGAGACUAUCGCCAAGUUGCUUCCCCCCCAUUUUGGACCUCAGAAAUAGUCGACCCGCCUUGGAUGUUAGUCUGUACGUCGCGGUUUCACCCCAAAGUAGAAGCUGGAAGUCUUCGCAUGAAGAUUAUACGGCCGGAUAAUCAGCCGCAGUACACCUGUCAAGACUGUAGAAAUAAAUGGAAAAAGCGUGCGGCGUCGAUCGAACACCCGAGAAAACUGGAGGAACAACGGCCAGGACAACCAGAGCGGGAAAACCUCCAGCUAGGGCUCCCGGACAAGAAGAGGCUCUGCUUAAGAGAGAACGCGUACACGGAGAUGAAGACGGAAGGCGUGGAGAAGGAGAAGGAGAAGGAGAAGGAGGUCAGGUACGACGAGCGGAAACUCGGCGAACAGGACGAGAAUAUUCGAGGGAAGGAGAGAAGGAGGAUGGCGGCGAAGACAACAACCGUUACUCCGCUUCCCCUCGAGAUUAUUUCAGCGAUUUCAUCCAGAUCUCUUUAUUGCAAAUCUCAAUGCGUUUUUGAUUUAUUAGUACCCGAUUGGCAUGCCUGCGAGCCAUAUAACCCGUUGGUAUCGAACAACACAUUGAAUCUGACAAGGGUUGUCACAUAUACACGAGGUAUCGCUGGCAAAUUUGGCAGCUUAAAAACAAACUUUGGACAUGGAAAUGACGGCCAUGUAUUUCUUCCCGUCAAGAUUCCCAGUCGUUUGUCGAUGAUCAACAAGUGUUGGAACGACGAAAAUAUGAGAAUAUGUCUCCUCGAAGGCGCACAAAUUUUCGAACUGACGGCAGACGGCCUUCCUCACAACGUCGCCGAGGAAUCCUUUUUAAAAGACCGAGUGGAUAUUUUUCCCAUCCGGGGAAAACAUUCAAAAGGUAUUCUCCCCUAUGAUGAUGAACAGCCUGGAGCUGAAAAGAAAACGAUGCUAAGUGGAUCGCCUCUGAUUUUCAAGCUCCUACGCCAUAUUGUCGUUCGCUCACCGCUGGCUCUCAUGAAGGUUGAUGCCCGUAGCAUGGUCGGGCCAGAGAUUCAGAUAAACAACGACAACCUCGAGGACCUCAACUGGAGGAUCGAUCUCGAUCGAGGCUCCCCUAUUUGGCUGUCUUGGUCGCAAAUGCCGAUGCUAGAAAGCGUUCUACUCGACCUACGCAUCUACAGCCACGACCUUAAUACUGAGCGCGGGUGCAUCGGCAAAGGCGAGAUUAUUAAGCGGGCGCAAGAGAUGUGCCGCUGGUUACGAUUGAAUCUGUUGGUUAUUGCUGGCUUAAAGAGUUAUAGCUUUGAUACUAGUUAUGAUGUAUACUCAAUGGAACUUAUCGAAGAGGUGGAUGAGAUAGAUGGAGAACCUAAUUGGGUCAAGAUUUUUUUGAAGGCCUUACGUCCUGGAGGCCAACUUAUUCUUAUUGAUAGGUUGAUAGAUGAAUCGAUAGAUAUAUUUUUUGCUUGA